UACACGCGCAUUCUGCCGACCCGGAAGUUAUUCCAGUGGUGUCCAACGUGUGUGUGGCGAGGCAGCUGCGCGUCAAUAUCAUGGGAAAGUCCAAACAGAUCGGGAACCACAAUAAUGGCAGGAAGAAGAAUAUUAAUAAGACAUGGAAGACUAAGCGCAGGACAAAGGACCUUGACCAGAUCCAUGCAGACAUGAUCCCUGAAAAUGCUGUCAAGUUACUAAAGCAAGAUGUAGAUUAUGAUGUUACAGGAUGUGCCCAAAAUUACUGUCUGCACUGCGCGAGGUAUUUUGUUGAUUUGAAAACCCUGAAGGAGCAUUUCAAGUCCAAGCUCCAUAAAAAACGAUUGAAGCAGCUGAGGGAGGAGCCAUAUACACAGGCCGAGGCAGAGCGGGCAGCAGGAAUGGGCUCCUACAUCCCACCCAAAAAAGUAGAGGUUCACACACAACAGGUUGAGGAAGAUAUGGACUGAAAGAGGACUUUGGUCUGCCUCUUUAUGGACUCAUGCUCUUCUGAAUAAAACCAUUAGGUCUUGACUCAGACCAACAAUUUAACCAGUUUCAGAGCUGAAAUUAAUUUCUGAAGAUGGGAAGUAAGUUGAAAUAUAGAAAAUAAGUUGAUAUAUUUUAGAUAAACAUUCAUUGACAAUUUUCGGUAAAUUCAGACUUCGUUCAGAAGUCUGGAACAGCUGGCUACAGUUGCAUACACUCUUGUGAAAUUACAUUGGUAAGGGCUGCUUAUACUAAGCAACCUUCUGGGACUGAAAGUCUCACAAUGUUCAUUAUGUAAAUAUAAACUCAAUAAAAAAGAAAACAUCCUC